CACCAGGGCUUUCCAGAAGCUCCCCGCAGCAUCCAGGUUGCUCCUGGCAGGGGCCCCACGGCCUCCCAGAAGAUGUCCGUGGGGCCAGGUGCCCGCUCCGUCUUUGCACCUUGCCCGCUGUUCCAUUCUCUUCCUCGUUGUCUCAAUGCAUCUUCCCAAAGCCCAGUGCGUUCGCCCCCACAGCACACCUACCUGUAAGGGACGAUCCUGGGAGCGAUGCGGUGCCAGAGGGAGCAGUGCCCGGAGCCGGUCCGCCCGAAGAUCGAGACGACCCUCCUCGGAUGUCUGGCAGGCCGCCCCCAUCCGAGCAGCCAGCCCGGGGAUUCACAGCCGCCUGCUUCGCCAGCCAGCCACGCCGAAGCCCGCCCGAGCGGGCCAGGAGUGUCGCAGGCGGCCCGGACGACGCCGCCCAGUACACCGCGUGCUCGCCCCAGGGUGCCGUCCUCGCCGCCGCCGCUGAGGCGCGAGGACGAGGAGCCCCCGUUGCUGCUGGGCCUGAAGCAGAACUGCUCGAAGCAAGUGCGCCUCGUUCUCGAGGCAGACCCAGAGGCGGCCCAGCUGCCGUUCUUGCAGCCUCGCUUCGAGUGGCCGCUCUGCGCCGCCAUCCGGCUGGGCUGCAGCAAGGACAUCGUCAGGCUGCUGACCGAGAACGGCGCGAAGGUCGACGUGGAGAACGUUGAUGGGCAGUCCCCGCUUCAGCUUCUCAGCUCAAGGGCUGGGACCGAUGUCAUCAGCGCUCCUCUCGUCGACUUGCUGGAAAUGCCUGGCUUCACGGAGUGGGCAGAGUGGAUGCUCGAGUCCACCGCGCAGUACGAGCUGGACGUGGCCACGGCGCUGCUGAUCGCGGGCGCGGAUCCGGGGGCGUGCCACGGAGCCCCCCCUGGAGGACAUUGCUCCAGCCUGGAGCUGGCCCAGCGCGCUGGGAAAGGUCAUCUGGUCGGCCUGUACGGAGCCAGGGGCCACGUGCUAACGGUCUGACGCGAUUCUAGAUGUGAGCAUGGGUUCAGCAUGCAUGUAUCUCCGCUCUCCGCCCAUGCAGAGUUUUUGCAGGAGUGGGCGCCGUCUGACCGUACCACUACACGUACCUGGAUCGUGCAGGUGCCGCUCGUUUGCAAAGGCCUGUGCACAGGGGCAUGGGCCAAAGUUCUUACGUGCAGCCGUAGCCUUUUGUGGAGCCACAUCCUCUCGCGCUGGUUUUUCAUGUUCGCGGGCCGAUGGCCGCGCGGACGCCAGCCAGCACCAUCCUGCUCGCCAUCCGCUCAGUGUUUCAAUCUUCGUUCUGUGUCCACCUCUCUCUAUAAACAAAAAACGCCGCUCAGCUCGCACCCCCUUCUCCUUCCCAGACCCGCUUGCUCUGUCCGCUUUGAGCAAGGAAUGUUCUUUGCAAAGGCACGUGCGCAGUCGCGUGUGCUCCAAAUGUUAGUAUUAUGCAGUUGCAGCAGUUUCAAGAGGCACAUCCUCUCGCGUUCGGCUUUCCUCUCCCUGGCGCGACAGCCAUCUGGAGGCCAUCCGGAGGCCAUCUUGAACCCUACGACCGCAUGCUGUAUUCUUACACUUGGUCGCCGUUCCAUCGUUCCAUUUCCGGGGGCCGCUGAAUAAUGGUCAUCGCAGGUAACUCUUUUAGAUUGCCGAGCCCUUUUCGUUUAGAUCCCACCUGAUGCUUGUACUCAGGCACGCUUGCUCAGCUAACUCGGAGCAGUGACCGUGCAGGAGCCCCUCGCUUGGAAAGCACGUGCACAGGGGCAUGGGCCCACGCCUUCUGAUGCAGUCGUUGCAGUUUCGGGGGGCGUAUUCCCUCUGGCUGCGCUUUCUGUGAUCGCCAAAAUCUGUGUCCUCGGGCGUUUCCGCAACUCAUCGCCGCCCGCUCGCCUUGCAUCGUAUAGUCCAGCCACCUUCCUUCACCUGCUGUUCUGGACUGCCGCAGUGUGUGCCGGAUCGGCAUCUCGAGCGCACGUAGGUCAGCCAAUUAAGUAUAUGUUCUAGCGCUUGGGCUGGAUGUAUGGGUGUUGCCACGCGCAGUGCUGGUUUCCGAUAUUCAUAAGUGUGCGUCCCUACAGGCUCUUGGCGAUUAGCGAUUCUGCCCGAAUCCGAGUCUUGAGCACCAAGGGUGGUACGCUUUCCCAAGGACUUCAGCUCAGGCCACUCGCAGUGGAGCCGAAUGGCAUGGGACCCCUCUCAAA